GAUAAACGAUAUGCUGGAAAGACAUAACUAACGUCUCGCGAGACUUCCCGAUAAAAGCUUUAGCGGGCUAUUCCGCGGGAACUGCGCUUUUUCUUAAAACAUCUAAAAGGACUUCCCGUUUAAGGAAAACCAUGUUUUCUGACGUGAGCGCCCAGAAGAAUGGCCCCUCUCUUCUCUGCAGCCCUGCCUCUGAGGAGCAGGGCCCUACCUUCGAAAGGAUAUCACUACCCUACGAGUUGUACUCCGAUCGUUACAGAGUUGGUCAGAGGAGCUUUAGUCGUCAGUAUGCUCACAUUUAUGCAGCAAGACUCAUGCAGAUGAGGCCCCUGCUGGCAGAGAGAGCUCAGCAGAAGUGGGGAUCUAAUGUUCUUAUCAAGAAACUGUGCGACCUAGAACCGGGGGAGCAGUGUUGUAUUGUGGGGACCUUGUUCAAGCGAAUGGAGCUGCAGCCAUCCAUCCUGAAGGAAAUCAGUGAAGAGCACAAUCUGCUGCCUCAGCCUGCACGAGCCAAAUACAUCAGUGAAGCAGAUGAGCUGAUUUUAGAGGAUGAACUCCAGAGGAUCAAGUUGGAGGGCAAAUUUGAUAAAGAUAAGUGUGUCACAGGUAGUGUCGUUGCAAUAUAUGGAGCUGAAAAGAACGAUGGCAAGUUCACCGUUGAGGACUUUUGCAUGGCUGAUCUUCCUUUACAGACACCAAGACCUGCGCUCAGCUCAGACAGGUUUGUCCUCCUGGCUUCAGGACUCGGGUUAGGGGGCCACAAUGCUGACAGCAUGCUGGGGCUGCAGUUGCUGGUUGACAUGGUCACCGGUCAGCUUGGAGACACAGGCGAACAAAGCGGCGCAGCAGCAAUUUCCCGGGUUCUGUUGGCUGGAAACCUCCUGAGCCAAAACACCCAGGAUAAAGACGCAUCAACAAAGGCCAAGUACCUCACAAAGAAGACCCAGGCUGGCAGUGUGGAAGCCAUCCGUGUUCUUGAUGAGCUGCUGCUUCAGCUGGUGGCUUCUGUUCCAGUAGAUGUAAUGCCGGGCCAGUAUGAUCCAACCAACUACACUCUCCCACAGCAACCUCUUCACCCAUGUAUGUUCCCCUUAUCUUCUGCAUACAACACCCUGCAGCUGGUCUCUAAUCCAUUUGAAGCCAGCAUUGAUGGAGUGAGGUUUCUGGGGACUUCAGGCCAAAAUGUCUGUGACAUCCAGAGGUACAGCAGCAUGGACAGUCACCUGGAGAUACUGGAGGAGACUCUGCAGCUGAGACACUUGGCUCCCACAGCUCCUGACACUCUCGGUUGUUACCCUUUCUAUCAGAAAGAUCCAUUUAUUUUGGAGGAAUGUCCGCAUGUUUACUUCAGCGGCAAUGCUCCGACCUUUGAGUCCAAACUCAUCAAAGGUCCUGAUGGUCAAGAGGUUCUUUUGGUGACGAUUCCAGAGUUCAGCAGCACUCAAACAGCCUGUCUGGUCAACUUACGCACUCUUCAGUGUGAGCCAAUCAGCUUCACCGCUUUUUCUGCUGACAAAGAUGAAGAAAAUGAGAUGAAUAUCAGCCACUAACCUUUGGACGAUUUGCUUCACAUCUGAGUCAACUAAUUGGGACAAAACUCACUAUUGUAGCUCCACUGGUGUUAUUGAUUAUUGUUUUGUCAACCGCUCUGAUAGGACACUUAGUUUUUUCCUUUAAAGUAGAUUUUGAUGUCAGAUAUCAGAGUAACAGAAAUCCAGAAAAAAAUGAUGAGCAGAGGCAACACUUGUGUGAUAACAGUUUAUUUGCACACCAUCCGUGCCUGAAGAAACCGUUUCUCUUGAUGCAGCAGCUGAUCAAGCUGCAUUUCUGCCACUUGAGGUGAUGUAAAUACAGUUUUCUUUUUUAUGAGUGUUGAAAAUAAACAUCUUUUUUUGAAGCAAA